UCACAGACUCAGACCCUCAGAGUCUUCAGGACUCAAACACCGACCUGUCGUCCGUCCGUCCGUUCGUCUCUCUGACUUCGAGGAUCGAAAUGAAGAAAUUUGGCAGAUUCAGAUUUUGGUUUCUUCUUUCAGUGAGUUUUAAAAAAAAUUCAUUUUUUCUUUAAAUUCAUUUUAUUUUCAUCUUCAGUCUGUUUUUAUAUUCACUCGUUUGUUGGUGAAAUUUUUUAUUUUCUUGUAUUUUUUUAUUUUCUUGUAUUUUUUAUUUUCUUGUAUUUUUUUAUUUUCUUGUAUUUUUUAUUUUCUUGUAUUUUUCAUUUUCUUGUAUUUUUUAUUUUCUUGUAUUUUUUUAUUUUCUUGUAUUUUUUAUUUUCUUGGUUUAAAUUGAAGGAGAUUUAAAAGUUUUUCUAAAUUAAAAGGAAAAUUAAAUCUUACAUUUCUUCCCCGACAUGAACUCGUGUGUCUGAUGAUCAUUUUUAACUUGUUUCUUCUUUCAGGGUUAAUUAAAGACGGAGUUUAUUAAUAAAAGUCGAUUUUUAAUUUUCUCACUAAAACGUUUUUAUUGAAAUGAAUUUAAGAUUUUUAUCGUUUAUUUUUUAUCUUCGUCUAAAAAUCUAAAAGUUUUUAAUCUUUAAACUAAAUCGACGUUUUUAUUGUUUCGAUGUGAGUGUGUUUUUUUUUAACACGUGUGUGUGUGUGUGUGUGUGUGUGUGUGUGUUUGUGUGUGUGUUUGCAGGUGUGUGUUUGUUGUGUAGAUCUGACGGCUUGUUGGCACGACCUCGACAACAGCGAGUACGACUGCUGGCCUUUAGAUCGACCGAACGAGAACAACAUGAUCGACUGUGGAGGUGAGAUCAGCUGAUCAACACACACACACGCACACACACACAGACACGCACACAGACACACAAAGACACGCACACACACACAGACACACUCUGUCUCUGGUCCAGGGUUGGAGAUGGCGUGGGUCGUCCGUCCUCCAGAGACCGUUAAGAGCGGCGAGGUUUUCAGCGUCACGUACUCGGUGACGGCGCGAGAUUUUUUCUACCAGUGGGCCGUCGACAACGAGAUCUUCACCAACAGGUUCCUGCUCUUUGUCCUGGUUUUACUGGUUUUACUGGUUUUGCUGGGUUCUAACGGAGCGGACCGGUCUGAACUGGUCCUGUUUUCUCGUCUUUAGCUCCGUCGUCGACGCGGCGGCGGCUCGCAGGUUUUGCGAACACCUGGACUGUCCGGCUCACUGGAAGGACGCCGACGGCGAGAACUGCUGCAUCCAUCACGCCAACAUCCACUCCUGUCCGCUGGGAUACAUGGUUCGAACUUAUGGUCACUGAGGAGGUCAAAGGUCAAAGAAGGUUUCAGCUGAUCUGUUUGAAAAGGUCAAAGGUCAAACAUGUUCAGGCAGGUUCAGAUCUGCUGAUCGGUUAAUCAAUGAUCAAUAAAAUCAGAUCGAUAUGAUCAAUACUCUCGUUUUAGAGGAUUGAUCAAAGAGAACCAAAGUCUAAAACGGUCCGACAGGAAACCGCCGAACACACCAGCUGGUACCUCAAACCGACCAAUCAGCUUUCAGAGUUUGAAUCGAUCAGAUUUUCAUUAAUUAAAUCAAACGAACUUUCAGACGUCAGACAGCAUCUGUGGACCGUGGAUCCCCGACGACGGGAAGAUCUUCACACACACCAUCUCCACGGCGGGGAAGAUGACCCAGAGAGACUGGACCGCCAAGGUGACGCACGACGCACACAGACACACAAAUAACACACAACUCUGCUAACACACACAGACACACAAAUAACACAACAACACAACUCUGCUAACACACACAGACACACAAAAACACAACAACACAACUCUGCUAACACACACAGACACACAAAACACAACUCUGCUAACACACACAGACACACAAAAACACAACAACUCUGCUAACACACACAGACACACAAAACACAACUCUGCUAACACACACAGACACACAAAAACACAACUCUGCUAACACACACAGACACACAAAAACACAACAACUCUGCUAACACACACAGACACACAGACACACAACUCUGCUAACACAUACAGACACACAAAAACACACAAUGAGGAGAACAGAAGUUUUUUAUUAUUAUUAUGAUUUUAAAACUGAGAUUUGGAAUGUGAAUAAAUAUGAAUAUAGAAUAAUUUUAAUAUAUAAUAAUAUAAUAUAUGAUAAUAUAAUAUAGAAUAAUAUUAAUAUAGAUUAGUGUAAUAUAGAAUAUUAAUAUAGAUUAGUAUAAUAUAGAAUAUUAAUAUAGAUUAGUUUAAUAUAGAAUAUUAAUAUAGAUUAGUUUAAUAUAGAAUAUUAUAGAUUAGUAUAAUAUAGAAUAUUAAUAUAGAUUAGUAUAAAAUAGAAUAUUGAUAUAGAUUAGUAUAAUAUAGAAUAUUGAUAUAGAUUAAGUUCAGGUUUGUCAGCUGAAGAAAAUUUCGCUUUAAUCUUGUAAUUUAAAGAAAUCGUUUCAGUUUAAAAGGAUAAAAAGUUUUUCUUUUAUAGGUUUGGAUUCAAUGAACUUCAUUGUUUUUUCAGUUCAAAAGGAUAAAAAGUUUGAAUAGUUUUGGGUUUAAUGAUUUUAUGAACUUUAUUGUUUCUUCAGUUUAUUUUGAAGCUUUCGAUGGUUUGUUAUGGUGUUUGAAAACUGAGAUGGUUUUAUUUUGAAAAUCUCAUUUAAAUAAUAAUAAUAAUAAUAAUUUAAAUAAUGAUAAUAAUAAUAAUAAUAAUAAUAAUUUAAAUAAUAAUAAUAAUGAAUAAUAAUGACGGAUCCAUUCGAACUGAUAAACCGACUCUGGAUCAGAGACUCUAAAGUCCGUCAAUCAAGACCCGCUGACCCGGUUAACUGGACCCUCUGAUCCUCAGGUGGUUCUGGUCCACGCUGGAUUAACGUCUCUGAUCGCUCACAUACGGGUCGGUCGUAUGCAGGUCGCUCUGGAGGCGAAGAGCACGGUUCAGCCGGCUGUCGGUGAGUGACGAUGACACUUCCUGUUUCCUCUUUACUCCUGAUAACCACGAACCUUGGAGAGUAUUUCGAUAAACACGAUGACUUUGGGGCGGUUUGUUAAAAAGUUCUCAAAGGUUUGGUGAUAACCUUCACAGAGCAGCGAGGUUUUUAUUAUCCACGUGUUGUUUUGAAUCUGUCUUUCAUCUCAGCGUUUCAUUUAUUCUGGCGUCCGUCACGUAUUCACGCUUUGAACGCCGCACAUCGCAGCUUCACUCUCAUCAGGCCUGAACUUCCUCCUUCAGCUGUGUGACGACCAUGAGACCUAACAAACAGCUUUUCUCUUCACAAAGGUUACCAUGGGAACAACAUCAGUCCUUACACAUGUUAGGUCCACUGACGAGGUCUUAGCAACAACCUCCUCUCAGCACCAAAGAUGGCGUGACGACCACAUCGGGGGUUUUCCUUCUCUCAUCACCUCCUCUUAUUUCUCUGGACUCUAACGAACCUCCUCCUCUCCUCUGUCUCUGUCAGUGUGUGGUGAUGGCGUCUGUGAGGAGGCGGAGCUUUGUUCCACCUGUCCAGCUGACUGUGGCGACUGUCCCAUGAGCCUCGCUACCAAGCUCGCCAUCAGCGUCCCGCUCAGCCUGCUCUGCAUCUGCAUCAUCCUGACAGCCGUGGUGAGAAAGUCGGAUCAAUAAUAAUAAUAAUAAUAAUAUUAAUAAUAAUAAACAAUAAUAAUAUGAUUAAUAAUAAUAAUGAUAAUAAUAAUAACAUUAAUAAUAUUAAUAAUAUUAAUAAUAUAAAUAUUAAUAAUAAUAAACAAUAAUAAUAUUAUUAUUAAUAAUAAUGAUAAUAAUAAUAACAUUAAUAAUAUUAAUAAUAAUAAACAAUAAUAAUAUUAUUAUUAAUAAUAAUAAUAAUAAUAACAGUAAUAAUAUUAAUAAUAUUAAUAUUAAUAAUAUUAAUAAUAAUAAACAAUAAUAAUAAUCUUAAUAUUAAUAAUAAUAAUAAUAAUAAUAUUAACAAUAAUAAUAAUAAUAAUGAUAAUAACAAUGAUAAAAUUGAUAAAAUAAUAAUAAUAAUAAAUUAAUUUAAAUAGUAAUAAUUGUUAUUAUUAUUAUAGAUAAAUUAAAUUUACAAUAAUAAUAAUAAUAAUAAUAAUAAUAAUCAAGAUUAAACCCCGUUGAAAUGUUAGAAAACUCGCCCCUGCCCCUCGUACCCUCAUCUCUUCGUUUCUGUGUUCAGUGGCUGAGGUACCAGAAACAGAAGCUGCUGUGGGACGAGAGCUGGAUCAUCGACUACUCCACCAUCAAACAAGGUACUGGUGGGUGUCAAACUGGUUUUAAGGGGCUGAACAGAUCUGAACCAGUCCUUACUGGUCCAAGCCAAGAAAGGACUGAAGCCAAAGACCCUAAACCAGCUUUAAGGGUUCAGAAACAGAUCUGAAAAAUAAAGAAAAAGUGGAAAAAUGCCAAGAAGAGCCACAAAUAUCUGUGUUUAGUACUGGUCUGAAACCAGUUUGAGUCAGUCUGACCAUACUGAGAGUCUGUGUUUCUAAACGUUACCUGGAUGUUUAUCUCUGACUGGUUUAUGAUCUUCUGUGUGAUCCUCCUCCGUCUGCAGAUCAGGAGGCUCGGACCACCAUGGGCAGCAUCAUGAGCGUCCCGGUGGGAAACAGCGACAGUAACACCAGCUGUGUGACGGCGCUGAGCUCCUUUAACGGACAAACAGGAAGUCGGAAAAUCCCCUUCACCAACACCGGGAUCUAGUGGGUCUGAUUAACAAAAACACGUUAUCUAUGAACAACUGUUUUAUAUCUGUGAACGACUGUUUUAUAUCUUUGAACGACUGUUUAUAUCUAUGAACGACUGUUUUAUAUCUCUGAACGACUGUUUUAUAUCUGUGAACGACUGUUUUAUAUCAGUGAACGACUGUUUAUAUCUAUGAACGACUGUUUUAUAUCUCUGAACGACUGUUUUAUAUCUGUGAACGACUGUUUUAUAUCUAUGAACGACUGUUUUAUAUCAGUGAACGACUGUUUAAUAUCUGUGAACGACUGUUUUAUAUCUGUGAAUGACUGUUUUAUAUCUAUGAACGACUGUUUUAUAUCUAUGAAUGACUGUUUUAUAUCUAUGAACGACUGUUUUAUAUCUAUGAACGACUGUUUUAUAUCAGUGAACGACUGUUUUAUAUCUAUGAACGACUGUUUUAUAUCUGUGAACGACUGUUUUAUAUCUAUGAACGACUGUUUUAUAUCUGUGAACGACUGUUUUAUAUCUGUGAACGACUGUUUUAUAUCUGUGAACGACUGUUUUAUAUCUAUGAACGACUGUUUUAUAUCUAUGAAUGACUGUUUUAUAUCAGUGAACGACUGUUUUAUAUCUGUGAACGACUGUUUUAUAUCUAUGAACGACUGUUUUAUAUCUAUGAAUGACUGUUUUAUAUCAGUGAACGACUGUUUUAUAUCUAUGAACGACUGUUUUAUAUCUGUGAAUGACUGUUUUAUAUCUAUGAACGACUGUUUUAUAUCUAUGAACGACUGUUUUAUAUCUAUGAACGACUGUUUUAUAUCAGUGAACGACUGUUUUAUAUCUGUGAACGACUGUUUUAUAUCUAUGAACGACUGUUUUAUAUCUAUGAACGACUGUUUUAUAUCUGUGAACGACUGUUUUAUAUCAUGAACGACUGUUUUAUAUCUCUGAACGACUGUUUUUAUCUGUGAAUGACUGUUUUAUAUCUGUGAACGACUGUUUUAUAUCUGUGAACGACUGUUUUAUAUCUGUGAACGACUGUUUUAUAUCUAUGAACGACUGUUUUAUAUCUAUGAACGACUGUUUUAUAUCAUGAACGACUGUUUUAUAUCUGUGAACGACUGUUUUAUAUCUGUGAACGACUGUUUUAUAUCUGUGAACGACUGUUUUAUAUCUGUGAACGACUGUUUUAUAUCAUGAACAACUGUUUUAUAUCUGUGAACGACUGUUUUAUAUCUGUGAACGACUGUUUUUAUCUGUGAACGACUGGUUUGGUCUGAGCUUCUUCUUCUUCUUGUUCUUGUUCUCUGAUAAAAACUGAUCCAGAACUCGGAGAUUUUCUCAGCUCUCAGGUUUAGACCUUCUUUUCAUGGAGAGAUCUUCAGGUUCUCCAAAGUUCCUGGUGAUCAGACCGUCAUCCUGAACUAAAAAAAACUCUAUUUUUGUUCCAGCGAUGGUCGGACCGUCGCCAUAAAGAGGAUCCAGACCAAAACCUUCUCCUUGUCCAAGACCAUCAGACAGGAAGUCAAACAGGUCAGGUAGGAAGUCUCCGCUCCUCAUCUUCAGGUGACCAUGAUCAUUUCACAGCCUGACCUUCUGCUGUCUUUGUCUUCAGAGAGUUGGACCACCCCAACCUCUGCAAGUUCAUUGGUGGCUGUAUUGAAGUGCCAAACGUUGCCAUAGUAACGGAGUACUGCCCUAAAGGAAGUCUUAACGACGUCCUUCUUAAUGAGGAAACUCCUCUGAACUGGGGCUUCAGGUACAAACACAACACCCCCCAAACCUUAAACCCUUGACCUGACCCUGAUCCUGACCCUGACCUUCAUCCUGACCCCGCCUCCACAGGUUCUCCUUCGCCACAGACAUCGCCAGAGGGAUGUCGUACCUCCACCAGCACAGGAUCUGCCAUGGCCGACUCAAGUCUCUGAACUGCGUCCUGGACGAUCGUUGGGUCUGCAAAAUAACAGGUCCGUGUUCUGAGCCGAACCGUCUCUGCAGGGAAACGGGUUUUUAUUCUGAACUCGGAUCAAUGAGAAUAGAUAAUCAAUCAAUCAAUCAAUCAAUCAAUCAGUCUUUGUUCAUAUUCACAACAAGUUUUAUUCCUGGACAGACAGACUGGUCUAGACUGUCCUCUGUUAACAAAGACCCAACAUAAAGACCGAACCGAACUGAACCCAGAAUUGAUCAAUUCUUUGAUAAUAAAGACAGAAAGUCGUCAAAGUCUCGGUGUCAAAGUUUGACGUCGUCUCUGUUUGUCUCUGUUUGUCUCUGUUUGUGUCUCUGUUUGUCUCGUCUCUGUUCGUCUCUGUUUGUCUCUGUUUGUCUCUGUUUGUGUCUGUUUGUCUCUCUUCGUCUCUAUUUGUCUCUGUUUGUGUCUGUUCGUCUCUGUUUGUCUCUGUUUGUUCGUCUCUGUUUGUCUCUGUUUGUCUCUGUUUGUGUUUGUUCGUCUCUGUUUGUCUCUCUUCAUCUCAUUAGACAGUAAACUUUCAGGUUUUGAUUCACGUUGCGCUUUUGUGUUUUCAGAUUAUGGACUCAGGAUGUACCGGAAGGAUGAGGGGGCGGAGCCUCUUUCCACCUAUCAGCAGAGACUCUUGGAGGUCUACAUGCCGCCUGAGUUUCAUAACUCCAACGUUGAGCCGACGUUAGCUGGAGACGUGUUCAGGUAUCAGACAUGACAUCAUGAGUGUUUCUAACCAAUCAGAGCGCACCUCUGACUCACAUGUUUGUUCUUUUAUUUCUUUAUUUUGUUUUUUGUUUGUUUUGUUGUUUCUGUCGAUCGUCAUUUU